AUGAUAGCGACUCUGUCAGCUGUGGCUCUGGGAUACGAGUUCGCAGAUUUUGGAUCUGGUGUUUACCAUUGGGCCAUGGACAACUAUGGUACCAAGAACACACCUGUCUUCGGUACACAAAUCGAAGCUUUUCAGGGUCACCAUGAGCUUCCAUGGACAAUUACGUAUCGUCAAGUCUGCAACAACAUCUACAAGAUUUGUCAAGCAACAUCCCCGUUCUGUCUUGCUGGUAUCCUUCUCCUGGACAACCCAUACCUUAUUCUCUGGAUGACGACUGCAAUAUGCUUUAUCAACCUAUCGCAGGAGUUGCACAAGUGGAGCCACAUGAGUCCGUCACAGGUUAGUGCAUGGAUCAACUUUUUGCAAGAUUGGAAUGUUAUCGUCUCGCGUAAGAGCCACUUGGCACAUCAUCGACCUCCAUUUGAUGGAAAUUAUUGUAUUGUUUCGGGACAUUGCAAUUCCUUGUUAGACAACUCGGGCUUCUUUCGGGGAUUGGAAUCGAUUGUUUUCUCGAUCACCGGCAACAAGCCUCGAUGUGAAACAAAUGAAAGACUCUUGCAGGACCGAGUUGAAAGUCUGGGCAUCAAAUCCAAAGGCGCACGCUGA